GAAUCCGCGCGCGCACAUCUUGGACCAGUCGAUAACAACCAGUGUGUGCGACGAAACCUACUCAACUCAAGUGUAAUUAUCGUUUGUGUCGUAGCGGACGACUAGAACCAAGUCGUCAUUAUUGGACCAAACAGGAGAAAGCUAACGACUUAAUGAAUUUUCAAUUGCCCAUCAGUGGAAAAUAUCAACGAAACAGCGAAAAACUCAUUCCGGGAAGGCAAAGUUUUGUGACCCGUUUUUCCAGCCAAGGCCAAUGAUAAUAUGGCCGGUAAAUAACUGCCGCAACAAAGUAGUAAAAUUAUCACUAUCAAAACUGUGCUCUUUGUGGAAAAUUGGACUGCCAACGGGAAUAAAGAUUGCUUGAAACUGAGACAGCACAGGGUAUGAUUUUACAGCAACUGCACUCGGAAAAGUGGAACCGGGAAAAAUAUUCGACACUUUUUCUGCAGGACGAGAACGGGUGUGCUGUUAAAUAAUUUAAAUAAAAUUGCAAAAGUUUUGUCAUUUGUACGCUGGUGGAGGGGGGCGAAGUAGGGCAUAACGACAAAGCGGCCGACAAGUCUCCGAUGUGACAUAACCUCAAAAUUAACGCAGAUACAAUGUUUGGACGAGUGUUGUUUCUCGCACUGCUAGUGGUUGGAAACUUUGUCCUCCACUGGGACACGGCGGAAGCCCAACGCCGAAACAUGGCCGAUGUCGAAUUGGAUGACGAAAACUAUGCCAUCACGUUGAAGGCAUGCUACGUGGAAGAUUUACGCAACAUCCGAGAGCACAGCCAAAACCCACUAACAGUUAUCAUAAAUCACUGCUAUCUUCAAGAGCUUCCAAAUGCCAUCUUUAUACGGUUUACAGAUCUACACACAUUGGAGAUUACUGACAGCCGUCUUAACAACCUACAAGACUUUGCUCUUAAUGGGCUGCGGAACCUGGAGGUGCUAAAUUUUUCCAGAAACAAUUUAACCACCAUAAAAUCUUGGAGUGACCACGAUCUUGAAAACCUCCAAACGCUAGAUCUACGUAGGAAUCUCGUAAAAGGUAUCAACUCCCAGUCUUUCAAACGAUACCCCAACCUUAACAAACUAAACCUGGCCGGAAACCUAAUUGAAGUCAUCCCCGAAAGCACAUUCAAGGUCGUUCCCAAUCUCAAGUACCUGAACCUUGGCCGCAACCUACUAACCUCCAUCGAAGAAACAACCCUCAAAGGGCUGAACAAGCUGACCCAUGCAUUCUUCCAUCACAAUCAAAUCAGCUUCGUUGACUUUUUCGCCUUCAUCGGUAACAGCCACCUGAAGACGCUUCAACUGCAGGGCAACCAGAUCACGAUCUUCGAAACGGAUCUGCUGUCCAAUCUGCCUCGGUUGACAUUCUUGAACAUCAGCUACAACCAGCUGGAGGACAUCGCUGAUCACACCUUCAAGAAGAACGCCGAUCUGCGGGUGCUGGAUUUGAGCUACAACCGGAUUGAAAAGUUUCGCGAGGAUGGAUUCAAGGGGUUGGUUAGUUUGGAGGUAUUCAACGCCAGCCACAAUCACUUAACGCAGCUGAACAAAUAUAUCUUCAAGGACUUCUCGUCGGUUCGCAUCCUUGACCUGUCGGGCAACCGAUUGACCUACAUCGACAACAAGCUAUUCGAGUACAGCCCACGUCUCGAGAUGCUAAACUUGUCGCGGAACUCUAUUUCCGAAAUCGAGCCUAACAUCUUCGAGGACUCUAGGAAGCUGCUCACACUGGAUUUAUCCCACAAUCAACUGUCGGAGGAUGCCUUUCUGUGGCCGAUUGUCAGUCUGAGCCAUUUGAAUAUGAGUUACAACCAAUUUCAACGAUUGAAUGCUUCCGUGCUGGAAAGCUUCGCUCAGGUUCGGCUGCUUAAAAACCCCUGGAGUUGUCAGUUUUUGAUCCUGGAGCUGAUGAAACACAGCAAGAACGUGGAAUACGGGAAGAACUACGUGGUGGAGUCGACGGAUAGUAUACUGAAUACGCAAGGCAUCGAGUGUACUGAUGAGAGAGGAAAGCUAAGAGACAUUGUAGUAGUGGAGAGUAUGAUCAAACCGGAGUAUAGCUCGGAAUAUCAUCGAUUUCACCUUCUUCACCAAGAGCACCUGGAUACCCGUCCCAUUCAGGACAACUUCGACACCAAGUCCACGAUUCUGUGGUUGCUCUCAGGAGCAUUCGUCGUUUUCGGUGCUUUCAAGCUGAUUCAGCUGAUACUACGACACUCCGAACACCAGAGCGAAAAAUGGCGCUUAGCUCAGCACUUGGACUUUAAUGAUGUCGACGAUGUCGAAAUCGAUGGCGAGAAGUUUCACGGUGCUUUUUCGACCAAUGAUGGCAACAGCAUCAAGAACAACAACGCAACAAACAGAAACCAGCAACAAUGACGUGCGGCGGUCAACUGCCCUUCCACGGCCAGAAAGCCGUAAAUCGAAUUCUAUCCCACAGUCAUCUACCACACCAUCUACCAUUGCUGUGAAUGAGCCGGGUCAGGGGGGUUUAGAAACAAUUUAGGUUAAAUUAAUUUAGGAUCAGCUCAGAGCUCGAUUGUCGGUGCCUUCUGUAGAGAUAUAGAUAAUAUAUAGAUAUUUGAUAGGUGAGCAAUAAAUUUUCAGUCCUUUUGG